AAGCCCAAGAGCUCAAAUCAACAGAAAAACACAUACACGAGUUUACAACUCCCUCUCUCUCCUCAGUUAGCUCACAGAGAGCACGUACCUAGCUGCUGUAGCUAGUUCUUGUGCGUGCAUGCACAUAGCUCAACGACGAGGAGAGGCAGGUAGGUGACUAAGGUGUGCAGGAAACAUGAAGGUUAAGAUCGAGAGUUCCAACACCGUCAAGCCAUUGUACGACGGCGUGGCUCCGAGCACCGACGAGAGUGUGCCUCUCAACGUGUUCGACAGGGUGACCUACGACACGCAUAUUGCCGUCAUCUACGCGUUCCGGCCGCCGAACCCGCCGAACGCCGCGCUGGAGCAGGGGCUGGCCAAGGCGCUCGCCAUGUACCGGGAGUGGGCGGGGCAGCUCGGCGAUGGGCCCGACGGCAGGCCGGCCAUCCUGCUCAACGACAGGGGCGCGCGGUUCUUGGAGGCCACCGUAGACGCGCCUCUGGCUGGGUCGAUGCCGUUCAAGCCGUCGCCGGAGCUGCUGCGGCUGCACCCCAGCAUCGACAGCCCCGUGGAGGAGCUCGUGCAGGUGCAGCUGACGCGGUUCUCGUGCGGGUCCCUUGUCGUCGGGUUCACGGCGCACCACCACGUCGCCGACGGGCAGGCCACCAGCAACUUCCUCGUGGCGUGGGGGCUUGCAUCGCGGCGGCUGCCAGUGGGACCGAUCCCCAUCAGCGACAGGGCAACUCGGUUCCCGCCACGGGACAGGCCGCUCGUCGAGUUUCCCCACCGCGAGACAGAGUACUACCUGCCUGCCAAGAAGCACGGCGGGGACGAGGACGACGAGGAGCUCGGCGGCGUGGCGCACGACAAGAUCAAGGUUCACAAGGUGCACUUCACGAAGGAGUUCGUCGGGAAACUCAAGGCGCGGGCGUCGUCGGGGCUCCCGCCGCAGCGGCGCGGGUACAGCACCUUCGAGAGCGUGGUGGGUCACCUCUGGCGCACGGUCACCGCGGCGCGCGGCCUGGGCGAAGGCGAGACGACCAAGCUCCGCAUCUCCGUGAACGGGCGGACGCGCAUGCGGCCCCCCGUGCCGCGAGACUACUUCGGCAACAUGGUCCUCUGGGCGUUCCCGCGGUCCGACGCCGGCGACCUCAUCUCCCGCACCGUCCAUCAUGCCGCCGACCUCAUCCACCGCGCCGUGGCCCGCGUGGACGACGCCUACUUCCGUUCCUUCAUCGACUUCGCGUCCUCGGGCGCCGUGGAGGCGGAGGGGCUGGCGCCCACCGCCGACGAGUCGCAGGUGGUGCUGUGCCCGGACCUGGAGAUGGACAGCUGGCUAGGGAUCAACUUCUACGACCUGAACUUCGGCGGCGGGUGCCCGUUCUACUUCAUGCCGUCGUACCUGCCCAUGGAAGGCACCCUGUUCCUCGUGCCCUCUUUCCUCGGCGACGGCAGCAUCGAGGCCUACGUUUCCCUUUUCGAGAACCACCUGGAGGAGUUCAAGAAGAUAUGCUACAAUAUCGCCUAGUCCAAUCACGUACUACGUACUGAUCCAGCUGAGCCGCCAUGAACAAAAAACGAACAAUUAAGCAUCCGUCGUCCAUCGAUACCAUCCGUAUAUGUCAGCAAACUGUGGUAGCUUGGUUAGCAUCGAUCAAACCAAUAUUCCAUUCCAUUUUAAGUUACAUUUUUUUUCUCCUCUUUUAACUUUUGUGCGUGCAUGCAUCAUCAUGGAUGGACGCACGAGUUAAGU